AUGACAAAAUUCACUUUCAAACCCUCAAUUUCCAUUAUUACAUUUAUUCUUUCGGCUAUUUCAUGUACCACUGCGUCAUACUUAAACAAACGUGCCUUCUUAUCUAAUUAUAACCCUUUUGUCGUAUUUGAAAAUGAAAAUGAGAAUAUUGCGAGCGCUGAAGCCGCUGAUUUCAACAUAUUAGAUAUUUCUGCUCUUAACGCCGCAGAAACUGCCGCAAGCGCCGAUAAUGAACAAGCAACCACCCUCUUAUUUGGAAAACGUGCUUUCUUACAGAAUGGCUUUCAACCUUUUAUCGUAUUUGAAAAUGCUAAUGAGAAUAUUGCGUCCGCCGAAGCCUCUAAUGUCAACCAAUUCGAUAUCCAAGCUUUGAACGCUGCUGAAACUGCUGCAUCAACUGACCAUGAACAAGCAACUACAUUCUUGUUUGGAAAACGAAAUUUCUUACAGAAUGGUUAUUCCCCUUUUGUCGUACUUAAUACUGAAACUGAAAAUAUUGCAUCCGCCGAAGCUGCAGAUGUUAACGAACUUAAUAUCGAAGCUUUUAACGCCAAUGAAGCUGCUGCAAGUAACGAUCUUGAACAAGCAACCACCUUCAUAAUUGCAAAACGUAAUUUCUUGCAGAAUGGUUAUGCCCCUUUUCUCGUAUUUGAAAAUGCUAAUGAAAAUAUUGCGUCCGCUGAAGCCGCUAAUGUUAACCAGUUCGAUCUCGAAGCUUUGAACGCCAAUGAAGCUGCUACAUCAGCUGACUUUGAACAAGCAACUACACUUUUGUUUGGAAAACGUUCUUUCUUAGAGAAUGGGGCUUCCCCUUUUCUCAUACUUGAAACUGAAAAUGAAAAUAUCGCGUCCGCUGAAGCCGCUAAUGUUAACCAAUUCGAUCUCGAAGCCCUGAACGCCGAUGAAACUGCAGCUAGUGCCGAUCAAGAAUCUGCGACUAACCUUAUAGUGACGUAG